AUGCCAGCAUUUCUCGCGCCCCACAAGUCCGGCGUGCAUCGUGUGACGGCGAUUGCCCUAUACCGCGCCCUCUUGAACAAAUGUCGAGCUGCACCACCACCUCUUGAAGCCUCCACUCUACAAGCCGCUGUCAGGAACACCUUCGCAAAGAAUCGCCAUGUGACGAGUCGAAACGCCCUGCAAAUCGGCUUUGCUGGUGGCUACGAGGCAUUGGACUAUCUAGACUCUGCAAUCGCUGGAGACGAGUCCAGUAUUUCGCACCUCAAAAGCCUGCAGGCACGCAUGCCCGCCGCACUCAGGACCACUACCACCACUGCUCCACCCAAAUCAACCCCAACUGCGGAAGCAAAACCAGCCGCCCAACCAGGAACAGCACUAGCACUCCGACCCCGUCCAGCCUUCUCUCUGCCAUCCCGUCGCCGCAUCCCUGUGCUGGUCUCAGCCAACAAAGUCCCCAUCCUCCGCUUCACAAAACCCCAGCCCGCCGCUCUGUCCCACUAUCUCAAAUCCCGCAUCGUCGACCGUCAGAAACGGCUUGAUCGCAAGGUGGCCUUGGAGGCCCAUCUGGAGAUUGCAAAGGGCGAGGACGAGUGGGAUCGUAUAUUGCUGGCACAGGGUGUACAAGAUGAAGGUGGGAGCGAAAAAGGAAAAAAUCCUCUAUGGUCGAGGGAGGUAUAUGGAUGUUACCGCUACACUCUCGAUGCUAUCGACGCUGAGGGGCUCAAGAAUAAGGAUAUGGCUGAGAAGAUGGUUGCUAUCAUUGACAAAGAAAAGGAGUUGGCCGAGAUCGAGAGGAAGGAGAGGAAAAGAUUGAAGAACGAAGAAAGGAGGAAAAGGAAGGCUGGAAGUAGCUUCACCGACGGGGAGAGGAAAGCAUUACCGUCUAUGCUUCAGCUCUUUCUAUGA